AUGACUUUGAUUAAGGGCAUACCGGCCAACGGUAAAGUGGCAGUCCUAGGAUCUGGUAUCUCAGGCUUAACAUUCACUUAUUUCCUAUCGAAACUAAGACCUGAUAUAAAGUUUGAUAUCUACGAACGUACCAAUGAAGUUGGAGGAUGGAUCAAAUCACAACAGUUGCAAACACCUACCAAAUCUAUACUAUUGGAAAAGGGUCCCCGAACCUUACGUGGUGUGAGUGAUGGAACAUUAUUGAUUGUUGAUAUCUUGAAACAACUUCAGAAAGAGGAUUCAAUACGAGUUUUAUCGAAGGAUUCAAUUGCCAAUAAGAAAUAUCUCAGUAAUUCUGAUCAUAACAUAGUUCAAGUACCUGAUAGUGUAACAUCAGGAUGGAAGUUCUUAUUAGGGACUAAUAUAAUUCAACCUUCUUUGAUUUGGGGUUUCUUGAAGGAGCCUUUCAUAAAGAAUAAAACAGGAAAUGUCGAUGAAUCGAUUGAACUGUUUUUUAAAAGAAGGUUUGGUAAUUCUAUCUUAACUGAUUCAGUCAUAAGUGCCAUAAUCCAUGGAAUAUAUGCGGGAGAUAUAAACCAGUUAAGUAUAAAAUCGAUAUUCCCCUCCAUCAAGAAGUUAGAAGAUGAGCAUGGAUCAAUAAUAAAGUCAGUGUUAUUUUCCAAAAAGGAUAAGUCUAAGGAAAAGGAAUUAUCUCCUGCAUUAUCACAAUAUGAAACCUUAAUAUCACCCAAUGCAAAUUUGGUAAACAUUUUCAAGUCAUUAACCAACUUUCCUAUAAUUGCUAUGAAAGAUGGAUUACAGAAUUUACCCAUUACUAUUUAUCAAAAUUUAUUCAAAGAUUCAAACAUAACUUUUCAUUUCAAUUCGAAUAUCACCGAAGUAAAUCCAGCCAAUGGGGUUAUAGUCAAUGGUAAUCAACAAAACUCAUAUGAUCAUAUUAGAUCAACUAUUCCUAUCAAAUCAUUAGCCAAAGUGUUGAAAACAUCCAGUGAAGUACAACAAGACUUGAAAUCGUUGGAAUACGUGUCUAUAUUCUUAGUCAAUGUAUUUUCAACCAAAUCGAAUUUAAUCCCUAAGGGUAAGCAUGGGUUUGGAUUCUUAGUUCCUAAAUUAUCUUCGAAUCAUAAUGAUGCAAGUUUAUUGGGUGUAAUUUAUGAUUCUGAUGUUGAACAAAAUGUGAAACCAUUAAUUGAUGAUGUUUCUACGGUUGAUUCCUCCGAUAAAGAAUAUAAUAAGAUUACUUUGAUGUUGGGAGGUCAUUAUUAUAAUAAAAUUUCAAUCCCAUCUUCAUCUUUGAACAUCAAAAUUGUCAAGGAUAUUCUUGAAGAGUAUUUAGGCCUUGAUUUACAAAGUAAGAACUUAAUUAUCAGAGAUGAAAGUAAUAUUACUGAUAAGACGAUUAACGAAUUAAAUGAGAAUGAUUUAUUGAUUUCAUAUAACUUACAUAAUGAUUGUAUACCUCAGUAUAAUGUCGGUUAUGAUGAUUUAAAACAAAAAGUUUUAAGUGAAUUCAAUGAUAAUACAAAAUUAUCAUUUGGAGGUAUGGCAUUUGGAGAUGGUGUUGGUGUACCUGAUUGUGUAUUAAAUGGAUUAAAAGAUGCUUUAAAAUUAAAGCAAAUGUAA